AUGAGGGAUUUCUGUAAGAUCAGGAACAGCUUAGCCGUAGACGGUGGCCUUGUUCUUCACAGUGGUCGAAUCGUAAUUUCGACCACAAUCCGUCGUCAGAUCUUGGCUCGUCUCCGUGACUCUCACAGGGGGAUUGAAGCGACAAAGCAUAGAGCACGUCAGACAGUAUGGUGGCCUGGCAUUACAAGAGAUAUCGUAAACACUGUCCAGUCCUGUGACGCAUGCCAGACUCUGCUGCCAUCUCAGGUUAAGGAGCCAUUAAUGUGUGACCCGAUCCUAACCCGGCCAUUUGAAGACGUCUCAGCAGACCUCUUUUCCCACUCGGGAAAGAACUAUCUACUCUAUGCAGAUCGCUUGUCUGGGUGGCCACACGUCGGUACUUACGGCAGGGAUGCGACUUCAAGAAGCACCAUCAAGCUUCUGCACAGCUUCUUCGUGAAUGUUGGUGUUCUUGUCCACCUUUGCACCUAUGGUGGACCACAGUUCUCCAGUCUUGACUCCCGGUCCUUCCUCAAGCGAUGGGGUGGCAACCAUGAAAUCCCAUCGCCACACUAUCCACAGUCUAAUAGUCACGUUGAAGCUUAUGUCAAGGUCAAUGAAGCAUUUGAUCAUGAAGACCACGAAGGGUGGAAACUUAGAUGA